AUGUUUUUUCUUUCACUUGACUGGCGGCGUUUUUGCAGCCAAAGUAACCCAAAAAAUGCUUCACUUCGAAGAAACUGAGUCGAAAUAGCCGAACAGUGCAAAAAUUAAAUUUCCGAAUACCAAUAAUGAGCCAAUAAUGAGUGACAAGUGACAGUUGACAAAAGCACGCCCCCUAUCGGUGACAUAAUCAACCCCAAACCAAAAUAAUUAUGUGGCUUAUAUUUUAAAUUGUGCCUUAAUAAAGCCGCACAGUCAUGUGUUCGCGCGAAGAAAUCGAGCUAAAGAAGCGCCUGGCGCUGGAGAAGCUGGCCCAGAAGCGACUCACGAGUCCGUUGAAACCUAACCUCCAAAGUUUAAAUUCUGGGGCACAGGCGUCCCCGAACAAGCCGCGUUUCAACUUCAAGGAGAGCAACCACUCGGUUAGACACGCCGUGAAGCCGUACGAGAAGCCCAAAGAGACGGCUCAGUUUUACGGGAACGAGAAGGCCGUCACGGGGAAAUGUAGUCUAAUUGGGGUGGACAGGUUCGUGGUGGAGCUGUCUGGGUUCAGCACGCCGGCGAUUGACGUGUUCAAGUCGAUAGGGUCGCGGCACUAUAAUGUUCAGACUAGGAAUUGGGAUUUUCAUGUCAGAGACCACACGGAGCUGAUUGGGAAGCUGCAGAAUUUGCGGCCGCAUGUUAUCGUGGAGAGGCUGCCGGGGUUUGUUUUGAGUUGUGUGAAUGGGGAGAAGGCGGAUUAUUCGAAUAUUGAUUUGAGUAGGGUGGAUCCGGAGCUGGGGGGUGCCUUAAUGCCUUUUCAGCAGGAAGGAGUCAGAUACGGCAUAGACAAAAACGGGCGGUGCUUAAUCGCCGACGACAUGGGUUUAGGGAAAACCUUCCAAGCCCUCGCCAUCGCCAGCUACUACGUCGAGGACUGGCCCCUGCUCAUAGCGACCACCAGCUCCAUGAAGAACGUGUGGGAAGAGACCAUCCACAGGUACCUCCCCAGCGUCCCCCUAAUGCAAGUCCAGUACAUGUCCUCCGGCAAAGACUACAUCGGCGACUGUCGCGUCCUCAUCGUCAGUCACGACAUGAUGUCCCGCUGCGUCGACGCCCUCCUCAACAAAAAUUUCGGCGUCCUAAUAAUCGACGAAUCCCACACCCUCAAAAACUUCAAAGCCAAGUGCACCAAAUCCGCGACGUCUCUAGCCAAAAAGGCGCGUCGGGUGGUUUUGUUGAGCGGCACCCCGGCGCUGUCGCGCCCCAGCGAACUCUUCUCCCAAUUAUCCCUAAUCGACGACAGGUUCUUCGGCAACUUCUACGACUACAGCCGGCGGUACUGCGACGGGAGAAACACCAACUUCGGGUGGGACGCCUCUGGAAAGUCGAAUCUAGCGGAGCUCGAAAUAAUUCUGACGCGCAAAUUCAUGAUCAGACGAACGAAAGAAGACGUUCUAAAAUCACUCCCUAACAAGUCGCAGGAGGUGGUGACUUUGGACGUGAACUUAAACCAGUUCAGCGAGGAGGACCGGAAGUGUUUGAACGCGCUGGCUAGUAAGUACCAAAGUCAGAAGAAGAGCGCCGAAAAGCACGCGUUGUUGUUGACGUUUUUCAGCGAAACGGCGAAAAUUAAAAUCCCCUCAGUUUGUUCGUACGUGCUUCAAGCGCUGAAAGUCAAACAAAAAUUUCUCGUUUUUGCGCACCACCAAAUCAUGCUAGACGCGAUUUGCAACGUUUUGGGUAAAAAAAGCGUCAAGUUUAUUCGGAUUGACGGCAACACGACGUCAGAACAACGAAAAUACUUUGUGGAUAAAUUCCAAACCAACGAUAAUUAUCUGGUGGCGGUUUUAUCAAUCACUGCUGCCAACGCCGGGAUUACUUUAACCGCAGCACAGUUGGUAUUGUUUGCGGAGCUGCAUUGGAACCCCAGUAUUUUGAGCCAAGCGGAGAGCAGGGCGCACCGAAUCGGGCAGUUGAACCCCGUCGUGAUCAAGUAUUUGUUGGCUAGCGGAACUGCAGACGACUCGAUUUGGCCCAUGCUCCAAGAAAAACAAAAAAUUUUGGAAGAAGUUGGACUUUCAAAGGACUCUUUUGACAAAGUUUCAGUCAGUAAACAACCGAGUGACGCGUCGGAACUCACCGAGGACUUAAACGUCACUUUAAAUCGCACGAGUGCCAACACGCUAGACAUUUCGUGUUAUUUCAAAAACGAAAAUACUAAUUUGGGUGAUACUAGUGAUAUUUUUGAUGACGGGCUUGAUGAUGUUUUUAGUACUAUGGAUUUGUAACGUCAAAGUGUAUAUUUGCCUUUUUAUAAUAAUAAUAAUACAAAGUAAUUUAUUAUCUAGA